UGAGGUGCAUUGUGGGUGGAGAGGGGCUCGUUGGCACAGAUUCCUAAUAGCUCAGUCCUUUGUGGAUUGUAGAGUAAUCUAGAGUAGUCUAGAACGGAGGCACUGAAAACACAACAACAGCUUAGCUAGGCCUGGGUUCAUUAUUGUCAUUGGUAGCUCUUGCUCUUUUCCUUUGUAAUCAGGAACAACUCUCUCCGUCCGCCGUGUUUUCAUUUGGUUACCUUCUUAGUGACUGUCAUUCCCCUGACAGGGAGAGGUAGAGAAAGGAUAGAAGAGGGUUUGAGAGGAAUGGGGGAGGGCGUGCUGGAGAGUGGCGGAGGGAGGAAGGUCAGGAAUCCGCUGAGUCAUCGUGACUGGUCUCAUGAUGAUCGCUCGGUGGCUGCAACAAUGGCCGCCCUUCAUCACACACUGCCACAGUGUGCAGGACAGGGUGUUCACGUCUCAAUGAGGCCUGUUGUGUGGAGCAGUGACCCAGCUAGCACCUGUGUGUGUGUUUACGUGUGUGUGUGUGUGUGUGUGUGUGUGGGUGGGUGUGAGAGAGAGGAUGUGUGUAAAGAACUGAUCUAAUCUCAUUCACAGCUGUUGUGUGUCCCUCCCUUUGUUGAUCUCUCCUUUCUACUUCAUCUUCUGUUUCUGUCUGGUUUUCUGUGUGUGUGUGUGUGUGUGUGUGUAUGUGUGUGUGUGUGUGUGUGUGUGUACGUGUGUUUGGUAUUCCCCUGGACUCUGUCCCACGACUCACAUCUCUUUAGUUGUUGGUCCCUGGCCAACCAAUCACUUUGACGGUUACGUGUUCUAGAGCUAAAACGGCGGGUAUUGCCACACGCAACACUGAGAAACAGGAAGCUGAGGAGCUGGUCUGUUCGGAGGGAGGUGGUUCUCGGGGAAUGACGACGACUAACAAAGGAAACAAGGCCUUGAAGGUGAAGCGGGAACCUGGGGAGAAUGGCACCACCCUGACGGACGACGAGCUGGUGACCAUGUCCGUGCGAGAGCUCAACCAGCACCUCCGGGGCCUCACCAAGGAGGAGAUUCAGCAGCUCAAGCAGCGCCGACGCACCCUGAAGAACCGGGGCUACGCCGCCAGCUGCCGGGUCAAACGGGUCACGCAGAAGGAGGAGCUGGAGAAGCAGAAGUCUCAGCUCCAGCAGGAGGUAGACAAGCUGGCGUCCGAGAACGCCAGCAUGAGGGCGGAGCUCGAUCAGCUGCGGUCGAAGUACGAGGCCCUGCAGAGCUUCGCCAGGACUGUGGCAAGAAGCCCCGGGGCAGGGCUCGGCGUUGGGGGUCCAAGGGGGGCUGCGGGGGCGGUGAUCGGGCCGCUCAUACCGGGCAAGGUGGCGGCGACGAGCGUGAUCACGAUAGUGAAGUCGAAAACGGAUGCGCGCUCUUAGUAGUGGGCUCGGGUGCGGGAGGGAGUGAGGAGGCGAAGGGAGGAGGAGAGGAGGCAACUAGGAACAAUUUGAAACGAGACUCUUGGUCAGUGCAUACGGUCAUUUGAGCACAGGACGUAGACGGGCCCCACAGAUGUGUUCUGUGUGUGUGAUGUAAUAACGCGUGUGUGAUGUCACACUGUGAACCUCAAUCAUUGGACAACGUUCUUCACGUGUCCUCUCCUAAUUUAAUGGUUUCCAGUACUUACGGGCACUUCCUGGUUUUGCAGAAGCAUCUUAGAGAGCCUUCAUGCUUUAACAGUGCAGAAGAAAGAAGUGUUUUUGAAGUUCGUCUUUCACCACUCAUUGCACUUCGAAGAGGAUGUUCAGAAGCAUAAAUCAUCAGGAAAUCGUUUUUCUCCCGCGGUCACACUUUGCUGUUGCUCGACAUUAUGCACUGACCAAUUAUCACCGUAUCACCAAACUCCAUGCAGGCCAGCCCCGGCAUCUAAUCGCCAAAUGUUGUCGCGUUGUCUGUCUGGACGUUGUAUGUGCUAUACUGUGGUAGCUAGCAGGAUGACACUGGAUAGCAUCUAAUGUCCAUGCUAGCAUAUAACCUAUCACACAUGGCUGGAUCUCAAAGGGAGCAUUUACACUUACAAUCCAAUUCAGAUUCAUUGGCAAAUAAACUGGCCAGAGAUCUGAUCUGAUGUAGCCAGUUGUGCGGCGUAGGGGUCCAUUUGGGAUGCCUCCCAAAAAACAGUGUACCAGUGUGGAUAUUGAGUCAUUCUAGGUAGUGUGAUGGUGUGAAUAUUGAAUCGGAGCCAGUGAUUGACACCCGCUUAGUUGACUAGUCAGUCCCUUCAUUCAGAACCAGAUGUAAACUGUCGAUACAGCCAAUUGUAAAAGAGGUUGUAAUUGAUAGAAUGGUUGGGUGACAGGUCAAAGUGCUGUUACUAUGAGGUAUUUAGUUGCCGGUGAUUCAGUUGUCAGCACUUUAUUUUGUUUUCAGUUUUCCUGAUGGCGGACUGUCCAGUCAAGUAGGCGGGUGUAAUUCUCACAAGCUUUAACAUAAAAGUUACUAGUCAAAUGUUAAAUAUUCUUCAAAGAAUCCUUUGUCUACAUACAGUAUAGAUAGUCAAGUCUAGAAUUUUGUAAAUUGCAUAGAGUAUCUUUACAUUAUUUAUAAAAGACCUUAAAAAAUGAUCAAGGUGAACACUUGUUUGAUAUCUCCUCUUUCUUGCAAUUGUACCAAAAGUGGCUUAACUAAUUGACGUUGAUAGCGUUGUUUUUUUUUAGUGACUAGGCGCGUGUGGCUGUUAUGGUAACCGUGAGGCUAGCACGUGAUGGUGUGACGUUGUAAUGUACAGUAGUACGUGACGAGGUAACGGUAAUAUUAUUGUUCAUUAUGUUGUCGUUAAGGAUACGUGACACUGUUGUUUUCAUUUAUUUUGGACUGAAGACGGCGAAGUAAUCAAAGGCACCUGUACGCUCCCGUCUCCCCCUUGUUGGCGGGCGUUAUGGACACGUGACAGAAAACGUAAUAAACCUGGUAAUCGUGUAUUGCAUAGAUUGUAUUACACUACCCAUAAUGCACAUGACGCAAAGUCUCUCUCUCAGAAGGAAAUUCAAUUAAAAUGAAUUCCAAACAUAAAAUGCAUACUGAACAUCCCAACAGGGUCACACCAUUUUUACAAAAGCACAUACAUCGUAGGGUUGUACGGGGGCCUGUGGUUAUACCGUCCAUGCUUUUCGAAUGAGUUAUAUUUUCUCGUGCUGAAUGAUUAAUAUAGUUAUUUUCCUCUUCUCUCUACGUAUUUUCUAUAUUUAAUGCAGAUUGUAGGGUUGAUGUUUUAGUUUGUUUUUACUUGUUUGUUUUUAAUAUUCUGCAAAUGCCAGGGAAGUAACAAUGUUGACUGCACUGUUGUCUUAUGGAACCAACACCAUGUACUACUGCUAUAUGUUUAAAAGGGGCCGGGGUCAUAGAAAUCCUAUAAUUAUAGAAUUAUAGAAUAAAAGUUUCACUGACCAAGAUGAUGGGAUGUCAAUAGCCCCCCUAGUGUUCCAUGCAAUUCUCUGGGCCGGGCAUGAGGUAUGGUUUUGUCUGUCUCAAAGCAGGGUUUUCCCACAGUUUUGGAGUUUGCUCUUCAGCUUUAUGCUGUCCAAUUACACACGCUAAGUACAAUUAUAUGCAAUUUCUAUGGUACAAAUACAAACUGAAUGGGUAUUUAUAAUCACCUGUAUAACUCCACUAACAAGAUAUUAGUCCAUUUCAAACUUUUACCUUCAAUACCUUAAUCUUUUUUUUAUUUCUUUGCCAGCCCACCGAAGCUUUCAAAAUGUUGUGGGAAAACCCUGCUAUUGUCUUACAAUGGAAGUUACUGCUAUGCAGUAUAUAAGAAUGCUUGUCUCUUUCUCUUGUUCAAACUUGUGUGAGGGGGUUAAAAGGGGGAGGAGUGGGGGUGAGGAAGGAAAGAGGGGUUGCACUGAUAACACGUCUGUGGGUUCGAUCAACCGAGAAAGUACAGAGUGCUGCAAAUCUGAAAAAGUUUGAUAAGAAAUAACCAUUUUCUUAUCACUUUAACGCAGAAACUCAGCAAUCCAGCUUGUAGGUAUGAGCAAAUAUAUAGAUAUUUAGUAUAUACAGUAUAUUUAUGUACGUGUUAUGUCAAACUAUGUCUCUUUUUAUUCACUUUUAAAUGGGCAAAAAAAUAAUAAGGUUUGACUGGUGAUCUGUGACGGUUCUGAUGGAUUUUUGGGUCCUCGUAAUCUCUUCUCGUCUGUAUCUCUCUCUGUCUCUGAGUUUGCUUUUGUACCUACUGAUGGUGUAAUUCUACUUUUCAACUGUGGCAGAUCCUGUGACAUUUGAACGUUCUGUGAGCGAUGUCUCAAAAGUUUACUGAAGAAGCAAAAUAUUAAUAUAUUCAAACUAGACAGUGACCAGUGAAGUGCCAGCGCCCAGCAAAAUGAGUUCUGUUGUUUCUGUCUAUCUGUUCAACCGCACACUCACAUUGUCGUGGCAACUGUUGUUGAGUGACUUCCUAUUUAUGCAAAAACUGGGCAGUGCUUCAAAAAGGACGCGGGGUUCGAAAACUUGACGGAGCUUAAGUUACGUAGCGGCUGGUUGUCUCAGAGUUGUUGUUAGCGUAAUAUACUGCAGGUACAGUGUGACUGGUGUCCAUAGCUUUUCGUACAAAAAACGUGUAUGUGGUAUUCUGUGUUAUGGCAGAGAGGAGGAGCAGGAGGAGCAGGAGGAGGAAGCAGCAAGAGUUUUUCUCCUUGCCACAACUCUGUCCGGACUAAGCCUGAUACAUUUCUCUGCGCUUCAGCAGGGCCUGAGCCUGUUGCCUCUGGGACAACGCCUACAACUGUUUAGGACGGAGACAUUGAGAUAUUGUCAUUAUAUCCGAAAUAUCUGGUCAAAUGCAAAUCCAUCAGUUUGACAUUUUAUGAAUUUUCGCGUAAAUUCCCAGGCGCAGAGUUCAGAAAGUCUCACAAAAAAAGUGAAAGAAAUACACUACAGUAUGCUUCAUCACAACAGUGGGUCACAGCCUGGGGCAUGGUAUACAGGGGGACAUUGUCGAGGAUGUUAAAGGCAAACCUGGACAUAUAGACACAGAAAUCAUUAACUCCUUAUCUGGCUGCAUGACCAACAGAUGUGUGAUGGUGUCGGUUUUUCCAGUCACGCCACCAGGCUAGUUGGCUCACCAGUAACCGAUCAGUGGAAAAAAAGCCACCUUUAAUCUGUUUGUUGGAAGUUUUUUGAUUGACAGCUGUUAGUCUCCCCUUGUCUGUAAAAUCUAUAGGCAAAAAUAUCUAGAAAGUGGCGCAGAAGCGGUGUAAAUCAGAGAGGCCUCGACACACGUUAAACCAAUCAAAUGCCCUGCAUGGUCAGUGCUUAACAUGCAGAAUACAUUCAACGGGCAAGUGGUGGGAGAUUCGCGCAAUUCUUGCCCGUUUGGCUAGUAAAUGGCGUGACAGCAUCAUGGGUGCCUUGACUCGGCAAGACUAGAUUUACCAACUUAACCCACCCUGUUCAUUAUGUGGUUAAGAGUUGUUGAUUGUGUUACUGUGAGUGUUGAUAUGAGAACUCUCUCCAGCACUUGGGUGUUGGGUUCUGCACUUGGUCUACAGGAAGCUCUCAAAUACCCGCCCCCCCUCCCACCCCCGAAAAAGAAAAUACAAUAACACCACACGUUGUGUCAACUGGUAAGCAUGUGACUGCUUAUGACUAGAUUGCAGGAGUGUUGAUUUGUAAGCAUCCCGAAUCACAACCUAUUCCCUUACCCAAGGACCCUCCUCUGAUAAAUGGUAGCGGACUGUAGAGGGGACAGGGAGUCCUUUGGACAGAGUUCAUGUUUGUGUCUCAAAACCGGAACAGUAAUCAGCGGAAAGCUGGGGGGGGGAAAAAAACUGUGGUGAGUUAGUGGAUAUGGGAGCUGUUAGUAACAAAUCACCUGGACGUUUAUAGAAAUCAGUGUUUUGUAAUAUUUCUGUAUGGGGUGUAAUAGGUUAUUAUGUCACAGUGUCACUGUACUUUGCAUAGGGACGUCUGCUCCUGAAGUGACUGUGUGUCCAUUUAAUUGUAAGUAUUUAUUGAUUAAUAAGUAAAUUAUUGUACUUUUUUGCUAUUUGUAGAUAAGUAAUGAUGAUGUAUUGUUAACCAUGGAAAUUAACUGUUUUUGUCAUCGUUCUGAUGCAUCUGUUAAUUUAUUGAUGUACAUACUGUAUUGUUUGUUGAUAAACAGUUUACUUUAUUUUGUAUAUGACCAAUAAACACAUUUUAAAAAAGAC